AUGGUUCAGAGGAAGAUAUUGAAGCAUUUUAUGACGAGUUAGACAUGGCUGUUGAUCAAUGCAAAAAUUGUGAAGUAACAAUGUUACUUGGAGAUUUUAACGCGAAAAUAGGAAGUGAAAAAGUGUACGGAAUAAGGAUUGGGGAAAACAACAGAAAAGAGUCACAUUCCAUGUACCAAAAGAUAAACAUGUUAACAGGAAAUAUAACACGUAACAGCACUGGAUGUUUGGAAUCAAAAGAUGGUGAUUUAUUAAUGGGACAGAGUAAUAUAAUUAACAGAUGGACAGAGUAUAUAGAGGAAUUGUAUGAUGAUAAUAGACCAGAUGUAGAACUGCAGACCAACAAUGAUGGUCCACCAAUAAUGACUGCAAAAGUUGAGGAUGCAAUACUUCAUAUGAAAAAAGGAAAAGCACCCGGGCCAGACAACAUCUCACUGGAAGAAAUCGAAGCACUGGGAGAUUUUGGAAUUAAAAUAAUAACUAAACUUUUAAAUGAUAUUUAUAAUAGUGGGUAUAUUCCAAAUGACCGUUUAAAAUCAUAUUCAUAG